UCUCUCCUCCCACUCCACAUCAUAUUCCCCUCAUUCUCCCUUCACUUUCUUUCUCCGUCUCUCUGACCCCAAAUAUCUCCAGCUUUCACCAGAAACUCCCCUCAGGACUGACUUUAUCCAGUUCUCCGGCGUCGGAGCGUUUAUUUGCUCUUCUCAUUUCGCGUUGCAGAAACAUGCCAAGUCGGGUCAGCGUUGCGAUUUUGCGGUUCAACUGUGUUUUGUUUCUGGCUGCGAGCCACGUCAAGAGCUCUGAACCGGACUACCUCUUUCCAGACACAGAGCAAGAACACUUCGUCAAGCAGCACUCAGAGUUUUAUGUGGAUCAUCCGGAAAAAGUGAACGGAGAAGGAAAGUUCAUCUCCUAUGCUUUAUCACAUCACUUCACCGACCGGCGUCAGAAGAGAGACCUGAAUUCAGCCGAGAGGCGAGUGUAUUACAAACUCAACUACAGAGGUCGAGAGCUGACUCUUAAUCUGACCACCAAUGACAAUCUGCUCGCCAAUGAAUUUAUUGUGGAGAAACGCAAUGGGAGUUUAGCAGAGACGUGGCCUCAAGCAUCUGGUAGUGGCGCUUGUCAUCUUAUUGGCACAGUGACGGAUGACAACGUACAAUCGACUGCCGCCAUCAGCACCUGUGAGGGACUGAGAGGGCUGUUAAAUUUACCAGAGGGGCCGUUAUUGAUCGAGCCUGUCCGUGGACGGAGCCCAAACCUCACUCAUCCACAACACCCGCAUGUGAUCUACCAGAGCUCAACAUGGAGGAGCUUCAGACGGAGACGCAGCACAGACACACACCAACAGAGUCCCUGUGGCGUCAAAGAUGGUUCCGGGUAUUCCCAACAGGUGGAGCAUGAUCGGGAGCUCUGGGAGCGGGAGAAUGUGGACCGGAAUCACCGUCCGUAUCCGGAGCGGCCACGGAGGAUCUCUCCCCGCUCCAUCAGCAGAGAGCGCUGGGUGGAGACUAUGGUCGUGGGCGACUCCAAACUCGUGGACUACCAUGGAAGUGGGAGCGUUGAGUCCUACAUCUUUACCAUCAUGAACAUGGUGGCUGGAAUUUUUCAUGACGCCAGCAUCGGUAAUGCUAUUCAUAUAGUACUGGUGCGGCUCAUUCUGCUACACGGAGAGGAGAAAGGACUGAAGAUUAUUCACCAUGCUGAUACCACUCUCACCAGCUUCUGUACUUGGCAAAAAAACCUCAAUCCUCAGAGUGACACUCACCCGGCACACCAUGACGUUGCUAUUCUCAUCACACGGAAGGAUGUCUGCGCUGGCAUGAAUCAGCCGUGCGAGACUCUGGGUUUAUCACACCUGUCAGGCAUGUGUCAGCCGCAUCGAUCCUGCAAUAUCAAUGAGGACUCUGGGCUUCCUGUGGCGUUCACCAUCGCUCAUGAGCUUGGACACAGUUUUGGCAUCCAGCAUGACGGUCAGGGGAACGACUGUGAGUUUGUGGGCAAACAGCCCUUCAUCAUGUCCCGGCAGCUCCAAUACGACUCCUCUCCUCUCACCUGGUCAUCCUGCAGUAAAGAGUACAUCACACGCUUUCUGGAUCGUGGCUGGGGUUUCUGUCUGGAUGACCGUCCUUCUAAGAGAGACCUGAGCACCCCGGGAGCAGCUCCAGGAGUGAGAUACACACCGCAGCACCAGUGCCAACUGCAGUACGGCCCCAACGCCACCUUCUGCUCAGAAGUAGAGAAUGUGUGUCAGAUUCUGUGGUGCUCAGUAAAUGGAUCGUGCCGCUCUAAACUGGACUCACCAAUUGACGGAACCAGGUGUGGACCUGACAAGUGGUGUAUCUCUGGUGAGUGUGUGAUCGUGGGGAAGUUACCGGAAACCGUGCAUGGAGGCUGGGGUCCCUGGAGCUCGUGGUCUCACUGUUCUCGCACCUGUGGAGCCGGAGUUCAGAUGGCCGACAGGGAAUGCAACCAGCCAAAGCCUGAGUUUGGAGGGAAAUAUUGCACAGGAGAGCGGAAGCGCUACCGUGUUUGCAACACAAAGCUGUGUGUCAGAAAACAUCCCAGCUUUAGAGAGAUGCAGUGCAGUGAAUUCAACACCGUGCCGUAUCACAAUGAACUCUACCAGUGGAUUCCCGUUUCAAGCCUUUCGCGUCCAUGCGAGCUUCACUGCAAACCUGUGGAUGAAAACUUUUCCGAGAAGAUGUUGGAUGCGGUUACAGACGGAACGCCCUGCUUUAUGAACAACAACAGCAGGAACAUCUGUGUCAAUGGUGUGUGCAAGGAGGUGGGAUGUGAUUUUGGCAUUAAUUCUAAUGCUAAAGAAGACAGCUGUGGUGUUUGUCUUGGUGAUGGAUCCACUUGUGAGACGGUGAAGGAAAACUUUGUGGAACAAGAUGGAUUUGGUUACAUGGACCUGGUUUUGAUCCCAGCGGGAGCUCGGGAUAUCUACAUUCAGGAAGUGGAAGAAGCUGGGAAUUUCCUUGCGAUGCGAGCAGCUGAUUCAGAUGAAUAUUACCUCAAUGGGAAUUACAUAAUUCAGUGGAAUGGAGAGUACGAGGCUGGUGGCACAAAGUUUAACUAUGAGCGCAGCGGAAAUAUAGAGAAUCUCACCUCAGCAGGACCAACAACUGAACCUGUCAUGAUCCAGUUGUUGUUCCAAGAGCUGAAUCCCGGUGUCAAGUAUGAGUACACCAUUAAGAGGCGUCGCCCACUGGGAAAUGAAAUCCUGGAACCAGAGUAUAUCUGGAAACAUGGAGCCUGGACCGACUGCAGCACAACUUGUGGCCUUGGUGAGCAGCAUCAACCUGUGCGCUGUUUUGAGCCAGAGGUUGGUGUGGUUGAGGAAAACCUGUGUGAUCCGAGUACACGUCCUGAUGACAGACAUCGCAAGUGCAAAAACAGGGACUGCCCUGCAAGGUGGUGGGUUGGAGGAUGGCAAACGUGCUCGUCUACAUGCGGUCCAAAUGGAGUGAAAAAGCGCACCAUUCUCUGUGUCCGUACGGUGGCUGGAGAGGAGCGGGUUCUGCACCCUGGUGACUGUAAGCAGCUGCUCAAACCCAAACCUGUGGUUCCUUGCAACCGAGACGUACCGUGUGGCUCAGAAUGGACCGUGGGGAACUGGAGCGAGUGCUCCCAGUCUUGUGAUGGAGGAAUAAAGUCGCGAAUGGUCAAGUGUGUGGCAAAACAACCCAGCCAGUGCAACCCUGCCACUCGACCCCGCUCCACAAUCCUCUGUAACCUCCAGAGCUGCUCAUCCACUAACAGAUGGACGGGCCCACGAUUCAGACCACGCAAAAUCACGACGCAGUCCCCCGGGAUCCAAACAACACAAUACAGCACUACUAUUAUACCUCCAAACACCUCUGCACCCAUUACCACACACACCAACACGGAUAUCAUCCAUGAAGACGACAAAGACUUUAUAUUAGUGAGUACAAACAGCAGUGUUCAUGCAGCAGUUCCAACAAUUACCGGAGCUUCUGAAGACGAAGAGGGAAGCACAGACCUGCAGCCUCCAGAUAAAAGCUACACACCGGGUUAUGAUUACAUAGAAGAUCCAGAACGGAUACGUGAGGAUGAUAUGUUCACCAGCAAACCUGAAGAAGUGCUCAUAUCCAGUGUGCAGCCAAUAACAAUGAGUGCACCAGUUAGCACAAUAAAACCAGCCACUACUACUACCAUUCGCACACAAUAUAAUGAUCAUCUGGUGACACAUGCAUGCACUAAAACAAGCUUAUAUGAAUUCAAUUCUACCCCAAAACCAACGCUGUCGCAUUUAAACACUCAAAGUGCACAAGUAACUGUUCCUACGGUGAAGAUACUAAGAAAGGCCUUGCAAACGCUGAAAGUUCCCAAUAAAAGCAAUGUGCUUAAAGCAGCCCGGCUGAAACCGCAGAUGACGACCUUUACAGAUGAUUAUGGGAAUCUAAACGCUCGAGAUCCUGUCAGCAGGAAUGCAUUUUGGGAAGUGGGGAACUGGAGUGAUUGCUCUACUACGUGUGGUCUUGGUGCAGUGUGGCGGUCCGUCUCCUGCAGCUCAGAGCGAGAGGAAGACUGUGCCAGUGUGAAGAAGCCAGAACCGGCCAGACGAUGCAACCUGCGACCCUGUGCCGUCUGGAAGACUGGAAACUGGUCCAAGUGUCCUGAAGGUUGUGUGAAUGAUAUGAAGCAUCGAGAAGUGCAGUGCAUUGACACUCAGAACAGCCGUCCACUGAGACCUUUUCACUGUCAGGCUCUUUCAUACAAACCAUCCAGUACUUUGCCCUGCAACACUCGGCCCUGCCUGCAGUGGAUGCACUCGGCCUGGGGAGAGUGCUCAAAAAGCUGUGGACAUGGAGUGAGGGAAAGGCUUGUGUACUGUCACAAGUACCAGCACUGCAAUGUCACACUCAAACCCAACAGCACUGAGUCCUGCCAUCUGCAGCCCUGCACCGGCUGGGCAACUGAAGCCUGGAGUCAGUGCUCCAGAAGUUGUGGUGGAGGGGUUCAGAAGCGAGCGGUGAGGUGCAUAAAUGAGGAAUCCGGCGAGGAAGAAAAGGCAUCACUGUGUGCAAUAAUCAAUAAACCUGACAGUGUGCAGAACUGCAGCACGGAGGACUGCAAAACUGAUUUAGGCCUGCUUUGUAAGAAAAACAGCAUGUCGUCACUGUUUUGUGAGAAACUCAAGCUGCUGGGCCGCUGCUCUCUUCGCUCCAUCCGCAAGCAGUGUUGUGUGACGUGUAUGAUGUAACACCUGCAGAGGUCAGGUUUGGGUCAUCGAGCAAAAGCACAAACUACUGGACAAACUGCAGACAGGGUUCAUGAGACCUUCAAAACGAAGACGUCCCUCACAUAUACAGCUGAAGUCAGAACUAUUAGCCCCUCUGUAUAUUUUGUUCCCCAAUUUCUCUUUAAUAGAAAGAAGAUUUUCUUAACACAUUUCUAAACAUAAUAGUUUUAAUAACUCAUUUCUAAUAACUGAUUUAUUUUAUCUUUGCCAUGAUGACUGUACAGAAUAUUUGACUAGAUAUUUUUCAAGAUACUAGUAUUCAGCUUAAAGUGACAUUUAAAGGCUUAACUAGGUUAAUUAGGCAGGUUAGGGUAAUUAGACAAGUCAUUGUAUAACAGAGGUUUGUUCUGUAGACUAUCGAAAACAAAUAUUGCUUAGGGGUCUAAUAAUUGUGACCUUUAAAAUGGUUUUAGAUUAAAUGCUUUUAAUCUAGCCGAAAAAAAAACAAAUAAGAUUUUCUCCAGAAGAAAAAAUAUUAUAGGAAAUACUGUGAAAAAUUUCUUGCUCUGUUAAACAUCAUUUGGGAAAUAUUUUAAAAAGAAAAAAAAAUUCACAGGAGGGCGAAUAAUUUUGACUUCAACUGUACAUCAUACACAUGGUUUUUACUUGAAAAACAACAACAACAACAAAAACCUUAAAGACGCCUCUAUAUGUCUUAGAGUGAUAGUUCACCCAGAAAUGAAUAUUUACUGCUAAUUUACUCUCCCUCAGGACAUCAAGCUGUGUGUGCCUUUUUUUCCUCAGUAGAACAUACAGAAGAUCUUUAGCUGCAUCUCUGGUCCUUGGUGAUUCGUAUAAAGGCUGAUUUAUAGUUCUGUGUCAAGCGCGUGUGUAUGGUCCGGUCAGUGGAGCCUUCGCGCAGUCGCAUACCCUUCGCCGUGACUGACGCGCAGUGGUGUAAAGUAACAAAUUACAAAUACUCAAACUACUGUAAUUGAGUGUGUACUUUCUGUACUUAGUGUGUACUUACUCUAAAAAUGUGUACUUUCACUUUCACUUGAGUACAUUUAUAGUGCAGUAUCGGUACUUUUACUCCACUACUUUCUUCAACCUGCAGUCACUACUUUAUUUUCUCUUGUCUCUGGGGAUUCGAAAAAUCAGUCCUGUGAUUCUUGGUCAAUCAAACAGAAGGUAAAUCACAUCGUAAUAAACUUCCUCAAGACAUGGACGAUUUAUAAUUGCAGAAAACUGUUUGGAAGCAUUAAAAGUGUCCAAGAAGAUGUCCAAAAUCUUUACAGGCAUUGACCCUGAGACUGUUUGAAGCAUUUCACUGAUGAGAAGAUGACGGAUGUUUACUGUAGGAUGACCAAAAUGGCCUUAAACAUACAGCAAGCACAGGACGUCAACAUGACAUCAGAUUCACGUUGCACCCCAAAGUUAUGGGGACAUUGCAUAUUGUUUGAAAUGAAAAUCGAGUUGACGUCCGAAAUCAACAUCAGGGCAACAUCAAUGUCCCAUGACCAAUUUAAAAAUCAUCCAAAUAUCGACGCCUAAUGAUGUUUGACGUUUUGUGGACGUUACCACUAUGACGUUGGAUUUUGGUUGCCAUACCUGACGAAUAAAUGUCAGUAUUUAACAUCAAUAUGACGUUGGUUUAAGAUGUUGGCUUGAUGUUGGAUUUUGGUCACUUAAUCUAAAUUCAACCAAAUAUCAACGCCUAAUGAUGUUACAGACGUUGUAUGGACGUUACCACUAUGAUGUCUAUCAGACGUUGGAUUUUGGUUGCCAUACUUGACGAAUAAAUGUCAGUAUUUGAUGUCAAUAUGACGUUGGUUUAAGAUGUUGGCUUGACGUUGGAUUUUGGUCACUUUCCAACAGAACCUAAAGUUGAUCAAAUAUCAAUGUCAUUUGACGUCGUUCUUCGACAUCAAAAUAAUGUUAUCCUCAGAUGCUGGCUAGACAUUGAAUAUUAGUCACCUGACAUCACAACCUAAAUCUAACCUAAUAUUAAUGUCUUAUGACGUUGUGUGCCUGCUGGGCAAUAACUAAAUACACUACAGAAUGUUACGUUUACACACACAUGUACAAAUUACAUGUCAAUGCAUCAGCUUUUUACAGCGUAAAACUCAUUAAUCACUACUUUUGAGUACUUUUAAAUGUCUACUUUUUACUCAACAACAACAGAUACUUUUACUCUACUUGCACUACAUUUUUAGGCAAGGACUGGUACUUUUACUUGAGUAUGAUUUUUCAGUAGUCUUUCCACCACUGCUGACGCGCAACUCUCAAAAAAUGUAACUACACGUCACAACGACGCAAAGCACAAGCUCUGUGAUUGGUCGGCUUAAUAGAAGUGACGAGUGUGGGUGGUGCUGAGAGCCGUGAGCCCGUGGGAUGAUUGUUUACAAGUGUGGAGUUCCUUGAAGGAGCUCCAGAUGGAAACUUUUGUUUUGUGUUUAACGGAUGAUUAAAGUUGUUGCACAUCUGACGGUUCCCGCCUCUGAAUGAACGAGUUUGAGCUACUUGUACAUUAAGGUAUCAUUCAGACAAAACAAAACACCCAUGAAGAAACUUGACACAGAGGAACAUACAAACCUGCUGCCAGCUAACGUUUCGGAAGUGUUAUUGCAGAGUAACACAAACAGCAUGCAGAAGUAUAAAUGCAUGACUACACGCAAGGCUAACGCUGUGGGUCACGCGAUCACUAGACACAGAAGUAUAAAUCUGCCUUAAUGCCUAUAAAGUGUCACUUUAAGAGUCAGAUAAAUUAUAUAGGCCAAACAAAAUUAAUACCAUGGCUCCUUUGUGUAUUUUGAGGUAUUUUGACAGAAUAACUGAACAUUAUUUAGAAUCUAAUAUUGUUCAUCAGAAUAGUUCUUGUGCUUAUCCUGGAUAGUGUAACCUACAGUUGAAGGCAAAAUUAUUAGCCAUAUUAAAAUAAUAAUAAUAAUUAAUAAAAAAGGUUGAUGGUUUGAGUCCCGGCUGGGCCAGUUGGCAUUUCUGUGUUUGCAUGUACUCUCUGUGUUGGCGUUUCCUCCGGGUGCUCCGGUUUCCCCCACAGUCCAAAGACAUGCGCAGUAGGUUAAUUGGAUGAUCUAAAUUGGCCGUAGUGUAUGAGUGUGCGUGUGAAUGAGUGCAUGGGUGUUUCCCAGUGCUGGGUUGCGGCUGAAAGGGCAUCCGCUGUGUGAAACAUAUGCUGGAAUAGUUGGUGGUUCAUUCCGCUGUGGCGAUCCCUGAUUAAUAAGGGACUAAGCCAAAGGAAAAUGAAUGAAUGAAUGUUUCUCAAGUGCUGUUUAACAGAGCAAGGAUUUUUUACAGUAUUUCAUAUUGUAACGCUCGUCUUUAAA